AUGAAUCCUAUAGAAAAUUCAUGGCAUUAUUUGAAGAUACAGGUGCAUAAACGAAAACCUAAAAAUUUAAAAGAAUUAGAAGAAUUUGUUGUUGAUGAAUGGUUUAAAAUAUCUCAAGAAAUGUGUAAAAAUUUAGUAAACUCAGUACCAAAGAGAAUUGAGCAAUUGUAUAAAUCUAAAGGAAGAAGUAUGUUAUAUUAA